AUGCCUCCUCGGCGACGGCCCCAAUUCACGCAGGAGAAUAUUGACCAGCACCUCCAGCAAAUUCACUUCCUCGACCAGUCCUCGUCUUCGGAGAACCUCGAGCAGCUCGGGCCUAUAAUCAAGCAGAUACACCAGAACCGGCAGCAAGAUGCUUAUCUGCGCACGGUGAAUGCUCUAGUUGAAUCCAAGGAUGCCGAGAUAGAGACCAUAUGCUCGGAUAACUACCAAGAGUUCAUCGGCUCCGUCUCUACACUGUUCUCUAUCAAGUCGUACACGACGAACUUGCGAGACAAGAUCACGACCCUGGAUGCCAGCGUCGAGCAGGCCGGACGCGGUCUCGUCGAGAAGAAGAAGGCGCUACUGCAGUCCAAGAAGACCGCCGCCAACCUCGACGAGGCCAUUGAUGGCCUCCAGGCAUGUCUGCGCGUCCUUGACGUCGUGAACCGCGUCGGCGAGAUGAUCAAGGAGGGGCGGUACUGGAGUGCGUUACGGUCUCUGGAAGAUAUUGAGAGUAUGCCUUCGACGUCGCUGUCGCAGAGCCCGCUGUUCCAGCACUUACUUUCCUCGCUACCAUCACUAAGGGGCCAAAUCAAAGGUGCAGUCACUGCCUCAGUGAAGCAAUGGCUCUUAGACAUCAGAAAUGUCAGUGCACAGCUGGGACAACUUGCGUUGGAAGCCAUGGAGCUUCGGAAUCGGAAAUGGAGAAGCAGGAGAGAGAAGGACCCAAUGCUUAAGCUGAGCCGAGUGGGCAGCGCGGUCGAAGUCGUUACAAACGAGAAGACGGAAUACAAUGUCUUGGAUAAUGAUCAACUGAAGGUUGACUUCAAGCCGCUAUACGAAUGCAUCCAUAUUUACAGUGCGCUCGAUUCUCUGGACGAAAUUCGACGUUCAUACCAGCAGGAUCGCAAGGCCCAAUCCGACCUUAUUCUUCCUGAACCACUCCCACUUUCCUCCCUACCAUCCGUUACCCAAGAAAUAGUAGGUUUCUUCAUCAUCGAAACCCAUGUCCUCCAUACCACGGGAAGCUUCCGGUCCGAGAGGGAAGUUGAAGACCUCUGGGAUGCGAUCGUGAAGCGCGUUGGUACUGCAGUUGAGAAUUCUCUCAGGAACUCAACCGAUCCAGACGCGUAUCUGCGAGUAAAAGAGAGCUUGCUUGCUUUCGUGAUGACCCUUGAGUCCUUCUUCUAUUCCACCAACAGCGUGCAUUCUUUCAUCCUCGUCUUAUUUGAGAAGUACGUUGGCAUAUUAGAGAAACAGUUCGGCAAGCGCUUUGAAAGCAUUGUGACGCAAGACGAUUGCCUACCGAUGUAUGUUGAGCAACCACUUGAGAGGAGCAAAGUACUUGAUACUGUAUGGCUCGGCCGAGAGGAGAGGGAUUACCUGUCCAAGAGUGCCCUGCCGCUCACUCUGCCGUGGUCUCAAAGCUUCUAUCUAUGCUGCCAGGACAUACGCAGCUUCGUGCAGAACUUUUACCAGUUCAUCGAAGGUGUAUCCCAACAUCAUCGCAACAUUGACGACUUGUUGAGCAAGUCGCUGGACACGAUACUGACAGCGUAUAUCAGCGAGAGCAUCGCGCGGCGGGCUCAGAGUACAUCAAAUUUGUCUCAAAUUACCCAGAUUGUCACCAACUUGGAGCACUUCGAAGUCGCCUGUGCCGAGCUGGAGCGCUCUCUGACGAACAUCCGCUCCGCACAGCGCGGCGGGGCCAUCCGCGUGACGGCCGCCGCAUCCUUCGCCGCGACGCUCUCUCGCGCGCUGGCACGGGUGACGGCGUCCAUCACGUCGAAGCUGGACGAUUUCUUCGGGCUCGCGGAGUACGACUGGACGCCGGCAGCGCGGGAGGACGCGCCGAGCAUGUACCUCUACGAGCUCGUGAAUUGGCUCACGACUGUCGUGGACUCGCUCAUCAUCGAGGACGCGUACAAGCAGGAGGCAUAUCGCGGCGCGGUCGACUACAUUGCUGACUGCUUCAUGGACUUCUUGACGGGCCGGCAUACGCCCAUGAUCAACGAGAACGGGCUUGCAAACUUGCAGCUCGACAUCGACUUCCUCGAGGACGAGUUUAAACGGAGUGGGCAUGCCUUCCUCAACAACGCUUUCGUCGAGCUCCGAGCAAUGAUAUUCAUUGUCACGUCGGAUAAGGUGCAAGAUUACCUCGUACCGUCGACACGACAAUCACAGUAUGCCGUUGUGCGCGCCAAGCGCCUGCAGGCACUGCUGGAGAAGUUGGCGAGGUACGGCGGUGAAUGCAGGGACGCCCCGUCGAGGGAGAGGGGGGAGAAGCGUAGAAAGGAAGCGGACGCUGUCGGCAGGCUGUUUCCCGAGGGACGUUCAUGA